AUGGCGACCACCAGAGGGUUAGGACAUGUUGUCUCUGUUGUUGUGCUGUUUAUUUCAUUUGCGAUUUUAACUAAUGGCUACACACCGAAACGACAGCUAAAUACAUACCUGAACCCAGGUUGUGUGAAGGACUGUGGAGGGGGACUGGCUUAUGUGAAGGCAAGGGGAGAUAUGGACACUCUACACUUUGUGUUCACUACAGUGGGAACUCCAACAGCACUGGUGAUCAGGACCAAUACACUAGCUGACAGAGAGCAUGACAGAUUGAGUUUCAAUUGGGACAAACUUAGGUCCAAUGACUCAGCUGGAGCUGUCUACACUGACAAUCCACAAACCAAAGUGCUAUAUUCAUAUGGUCUCAUGUUCACAAGGUUAUUUCAGUACAACGACACAUCAGAUGAUGCAGACCUUUCUCACUACUCAGCACCCAGUUCUGAACUGACUGUGUUUGAUUUUCUGGACAAUGUUACCAUGUGGGAGAAUCUUUUGGACACAUCAUCAGAUGAACUGAUUAUUUUAAAAAUUCAACAAACAGAUCCUGACCUAUCAACUGCGAUUAUGAAUGGUUCUCUAACGAUACAGUUUCACAUGUUUGACCAUGAAGAUCGGGCAGAUGACCUUCCUCACCUACAGUACAAUGAAGACACAACACACUUCGACUUCAUCCUCCAGGAUAUUGACACAGGAAACCGUUCCAAUGCCCGCUAUGGUUUAGAGACAAUCUUCUUCAGUGAGGAUGCUGACAAGGGAGAUAUGACUAUCGAGGAUGUCAAGUCAAUUGAUGAUGAGUACUCUCCGGGUGUUUUUUCUAUCAACAACUUGCUAAGCAGACCGGCAGUAAAAGCAAAUGGCGGAUUUCUACAAUGGAAACCAAUAUGUUACAUGAAGCCUGCCAGGGCUCGCUCAGUGGCCACUGCAGUGAAGAAAUAUGGGCCUCAAACUCUGACAGCAGAAGAUAAAACCAACACAGGUUUUGUUAAAAACAGUAUUGCGUACGCCUUUUAUGGAGGUCAUAAAAUCAUUGAUGUUAAGAUGUCGUACUCCAAUUUCUCAUUUGGACUUUCAAAGGAUGGUUUUUUUACCAAAAACAAUUACACAGCAUGGACUGGAUCACUUGGCUAUGGGGUUCCCCCAGCAGACAAGGUGUCCACACUGGUUAUCUCUGUGAUAUCAGCUGGUCUUGGCCUGCCUGUUGUACUUAUGGUGUUUGGUGGUUUAUUUGUCUGUAUGAAGAACAAGUUUGGAAAAAAAGCUAAAACCACAAGCUUUUCGGAAAACAGGAUCAAUUGAAUAAGCUGGUAAAUUACAAGGACACAUUAAAGAACAAUCAUUUAUGAUUCAUCAUCAAGGACAUGUUGAUACUGUGAUAUAAGUCUUGUUGUUUACUUUGUACAAAGAUCAGUUUAAACAUAAAUUGAAAACAAUAUUUGACUUAUUUUGAAAUAUUGUAGACUCAUUUUAGAAAUAUCAAAUAAAAUAUAUUGUCUCCAAAAAGUUACAUAAAAAUUCCAAAACGUAUCGCAUUUGGAUAUUGAAAACAUCUGAAAUGUUAAGGUAUAUUGUGUUCAAUGAGAAAGCUAAAAUCAACUUUUAAGAUUUACAAGGUCAAUAUUCUAAUAUUCAAAUUUUUUUAUUAGAAAAUAUUAAAAUAAAUCUGUUGCUCCAAAUCUCUAGUUUAAAAUACCAUGUCAGUGGUAUUGUUGUAAUGUAUACUGGUGCCAAAUAAUUUCAUAUAUAGAUACAGUCACACAUGAAUGAGAUUUUUUUAACCAUUUCAUACAUGUAUUUGUUUACUGUAUUUGAAUGUAAUUAACAUUUCAAUGUUUCAUGUAUAUGUCUCUACAUUCCAAUACUCCUUACUUUGUGUUGUAUAAUUUUCUUGUAUAAAUAAAUCCUAAUUUUUGUUAUUGAGUAAAUUGAUCACACUGAAAAUGUUGUAAUUAUCAUAAAGCAUCUAUGGUUGAAAGAUUUACUGAAGAGAUGUGAGUGAGAGAUGCUUUGAUGUAUUGUACUUCAUUAAGAAGAAAUGAAAGUGGUAUUUUCACAAAUUGAUUUACUUUGCAAGCAAAACAGUACUAAUAGAGAAUGUGUCAUUAUGGUUGAAAGAUCAUAUUAAAUUAAUACAAACAUGAACUUGUUCUAUAGAACUACUAAUAAUAGAAUGUUUACUACCAAAACAUUUGUUAAAACUGAGAGGGUAAUGAGAAACUUUGAACUUAUUGUUCAAAAUAUUUUCUCUUUCUCUCUUUUUUUUCAAAACCUCAAAAUUUCCCAAAAUUGGCAAAUGUUUUAUUUUUUAGAUAAGUUGUCUACAUUGUAUCUAUGCAAUGAAAACAUUUAGAGUGAAAUGUGUUGGAUUUGUAAUUUGUCUGUUUACUAUU